CCCCCCAAAAAUAAAAUAAACCCCCUCCCCAAAAAUGAACACUCAAGCGAGAACGAGCAUGUCAAACCAUCUCUCCAUCUGUAAAAUGUCCAUGAAAUGAGAUCGAGAAGCUACACCAUUCCAUGGAACAUCGUCCUACCAAUCUUUUCCGCGAAAAGGGUGUUUAGUAUGCAUUUUCUUGGGCGCCUGUCUCUAUGCUGCAACACAUAAAAUUUGGACUGAGAAGUUGGUAAUGGUGAUUUUCUACUGUGCGCGUUUUGUUCGUCCACUCCCCCUUCCCCGUUUGCAACUACUCCUCGAUCACCUCAGCAGAAGACCAGGCCACCAAUGCCUGACCAGCACCUUGUCAGCACCACAGCUACAUCCAACCAUGACAGAGCCAUCACUCACAAGGACACAAUGGAAUUACAUCCACCUAACACUUCCGCCAGUAACAGUGCUAACGGCAACAGUAACGUUACCAAGAGGACAAGCAUAGCUGCAGGGACACCGACUCUGUCUAAAACAGAGACCGUUCUCUGUGGUGCCGCUGCUGGUGUAGUCUCGCGCUUCGUUAUUGCGCCCCUAGAUGUCGUCAAGAUCCGUCUGCAGAUGCAAACACAACGGAAGGAACUAUCGACCAUCCUCAAAAUCAAAGCUGGCGCAACUGGAGAUGCUUCAGCAAUAGGGAGCAUUGCAAAGCAGCAACCAAAAUACAGGGGCAUGUUUUCUGGGAUGGCAACAAUUGUUCGUGAAGAAGGCAUCCGGGGACUAUGGAAGGGCAACAUGGCUGCCGAGUAUCUUUACUUGACCUAUAGCGGAAUUCAGUUCCUCGUAUACCAGCAAUCAAAGGUGCUUCUCAACAGAACAGCAGAGCUCACCGCUCAAAGAGCCUUGACAGUACGUUCAGUUGGAGCAGGGACCACUCCAACGUCGGGAUCAGUCCUCGCUGCGCCGCUCAGUGCCAUCUCAGUCAUGACAAAUUCAUCCGCUGUUCAAUCUUUCAUCGCUGGAGCAAAUGCAGGCAUCGUGGCCACAGCGUGCACCUAUCCGUUCGACUUACUCAGGACCCGUUUUGCUGUUCAGCGGGAUGUCAAAGUAUAUACAGGUAUCGUCCAGGCGUGCCGGCACAUCUAUCGCGCGGAUGGUAUCCAGGGAUUUUACAGAGGCAUGUCACCGGCGCUGAUACAGGUGAUUCCUUACAUGGGUAUCAUGUUUGGAACGUACGAUUCUCUGAAGCGCAUCGCAUCGUGGUUGAAGUACAAGGACAAUGUUGAGUCAUCGUAUUCGAAACGAAUAACCACAGUCUCUGCUACGCCUGUAUCUACAGAGACCUCGACUACAACGUCAGGAUCCGUACAGUUAACGUCACCAUCAUCCUUGCCACGGGCUGACCAGGAAGUGAAGAUGCGUCUUGUCAAAACUGUGGGACAAUUUUUGUUGGGGCUCGAAGACCUACUGUGCGGCGCUCUUUCUGGCGUAAUCUCCAAGACAGGUGUCUAUCCUUUGGACAUGGUCAGAAAACGGCUACAGAUUCAAGGAUCGGAGCAGCAGAAGGUUACCGCAAAUGCUUAUUCGCCAUCAGGUUUAUUAGGAUCUAAGCCCGCCACCAGACAUAAGUUGCCGACAACUGUCUGGAAGUGCAUGUUACAUAUCGCACGGACGGAAGGAUACUUGGCAUUGUAUAAAGGAUUACUUCCGGGUUUGGUGAAGGCCGCGCCUGCGAGCGCGGUAACAUUUUUGGUGUUCUCUCAAGCUGGCACGUUUGUGGAGAAGUUUCGGGGCCGCACAUCCACACCAACGUGAAUCGUGCGAAUAAAAUCAAUACUUUUAUGAACGCG